UUAACAAUUUAUAUAUGUACUUUAAUAGUGAAAAAUAAAAUGGCGUUAAGAUUUUGGGAAGUGUUCGCUUAGGCAAAUAAGCAAUAUUGGAUAAAAUUAAGAAACAAAAUUACAAAACAUUACAAAAUUUCCAUAUAAUCGAGAACUUUUGAUUUAAAGUACGUAUCUCGUAGUUCGUGAAAAACUUCGGUAAAAUAUAGUGUGGAUUAAUAAAAAUUGAUUAAUUAUUAAUUAUUACAUAUAUAUAUAUGUAUAGAUAUGUAUGUAUAAAGAAAAUAGAAGUGCAAACUGUGAAAAAAAGUGAAAGAUCGGUCUAGGAAAACUUUCUAAUUUUAUAAAAAAAAUAUUUGGAAAAAAUAGACAAAUUUUAUACUUUAUGAAAUUCGGGUCUAAUAUAGAGAAAUCGAAAAUUGUAUUUUUUAUAUUUCGGUCGCAAUUCUGGUGCAUAAAUACACGGUCAACUCAGCAUUGAACAUUUUAUUAAAUUUCUCGCGUUCAGUGGUGCUAAUUUUUCGAUAUAAAAUUAUAGCGAAUACGCGUUCUUAUUUAUGUAAAUAAAAAUACAUACUGGGUUUAUGAAUUUUAUUUGUAAAUUCCAAUUAAAGUUUUUUAGCAUAUUUUAUAUAUGUAUAUAAGCAUUUCAUAUAAUUGAUUGUUUUCAUCUUAAUUUGUAUUGGCGUCGCAACAAACGACGUCGAACUAUUCGUGGGAUUUUAAUUUUUAGAGAUUUCAUUACUUAUUCGAUUCGGUAAAAAAUAUUACAUGGGAUUUGUCCGAAACUUAAUUAUAUCCUAAGAGAAAAAUUUAUUGAAGGAACCUUAAUUUUACUGAAAAUUGAAAAGCAGAUUAUAUAAUAAUAAAAGAAAAUAAUGUCUAUGUCUCGUAGGCGUGACAUUAGCCCUCAACCGCGUCCUGGUAAACUUCGGAUGGAUAGACAGCCUGUUGUUACAAGAAUUACAGAUCCAAGUUUGCCUGCUGGAAAACGUAAAGAAAUCGACAACGUAAUGAAAAAAGCCCGAUCAGGUGGUCCAACCAAUGAAUAUUGGGACAAAAAAUUAUUGGAAGUCGAAGAAAAAGAUCCAAAUCGCUGGCGUCAUACAGGUUAUAAAAAAAUGUAUAUCGAAGGUGAAAGUAGUUCGGAUAGCGAGCGCGAAGGAAACUUUCGUUAUAAUCGCGGCAAUGGCAAUAAUACUGGUAAUAAUGCGUUUCGUAGUGGUAACGGGGGCGGUGUUGGUGUUCCAUCCGCUGUAAGACGAACUGUAUCGCGUAGUAGAAGCCGAAGCAGGAGUAGAAGUCGGAGUCGGUCGCGUAUGCGUAAAACACCACCAUCACCAUCACCUAUAUCAAUGCGUAGAAGAUCACCGCCAGAUCAUAUUCGGCGAAUGUCACCUAUUCCGCAGGACACGCGUCGUCCCCGAUCUCCCAUAGAAAGAUCACCGGUACGAAGAGCACCAAGAUCUCCGGAUUAUGGGCCUCCGAGGGGAGUCGCGCGUGUUCCUCCAAGGCCCAGGUCACCACCAGAACCGUUAAUGGCAAACAAUUCCGGUAAUAUGCGUCGAAACAUAUCGCCAAGAUCACCAAUGGAUACAAGACGUCGGUCUCCAUCUUCUCCACCCGGUGGAGUAAGACGCCGGUCACCUAUAAGUGGUCCAAGUGGCGUACCACCUACAAGUAAACGUAUACCAGGAGGACAGAUUUUACCUAGAUCUAAAAGACCACCAUCGCCACCACCCAAAGGAAGAACUUGUCGAUCACGUUCGAACAGUUCUGUAAGUAGCUGUUCAGAUGAUUCAUGCUCUGUUUGUUCUUUGAAACAUCAUCCCCGUUCUCGUUCGCCUUCAAUACCGUCGCGUUCAAGACCAGGACCACGUUCUCCGCCGCCUAAAGCAAUUAGUGCAAAUCAUCAUAGUCGCGCCGGACCGUCUAAUGCUCGAAUCGCUCACGGUAUCCCUAACAGCAAGCGACCACCAUCCAAUUUGGGGCCAUCGUCGUCGCGCAUGCGUCCUGUUUCUCCACCAGUUCGUCCUGAAAAAUAUCGGGCGGAAACAAAGGUUGUACGUGCAAGUCGCGAAACAAGUCGCGAAAUGGUUAUAGAGCGUCCGCACACCGAAUUAAAAACGAGAGGAAAUCGGCAUUCCCCUAUUCCAGUUGAUCCCCGUUUAAAACAUAGACCACCUGAGCCCGCAAGCCCGGCUCCAGCACCAAAAAAGAAGAAAGAUAAAACAGAAAAACUUCGUACAAGGAUUAAAAUUGAAGGUGAAAAACGUAGCAAAAAACAUCAUAGUUCAUCUGAUUCAGACGAUUCGGAGUCUGAUAGCGAAAGUUCAUUACCUACUUUUACAGCAACUACACGUUUAACAUUAUCAGAACGCUUCGGAAAAAUGGCACAAUGGAGUAUGGAUAGAAGUAAUAUGGAAAAUAUGAGAAUAACAAAAGAUUCAGCGGGCGGAGCUUUAAAAGUUAUGAUUGAAGAAGGUUUUGAAUCACCACGUCGUUUUUCUCCAGCUCCUGUUGGCCAUUUUCCUGAAGAACUUGCUACUACCGCUCCGUCUGGAAUGUUAUCGUGGGAUGAUGUUAGAGUUCGUUUUGAAUAUUAUAAAAGUCGAGGUUACUUGCGUGAUCUAGAUUUAAAAGAUUAUAUUAAAUGGGAGGAAUGGUGGUACAGAUAUCAAGAGUGGUUGAAACAAGAACGUUACUACGAAUUCUGGGAAAGACAGCAAAUGCAUAGACGAAGACGAAAAAAAAUUCCUAUUACACAAAGAUUAAAUUGAAUCUGACAGUAAUAUAUACUUAACAGGAUCAAAUAGUCAGUUUAAAUUAACUUUGAGACAGAAUCAAAUUAUAAUCAGUGUAGUUUUUUUUUUCAUUUUGAUUUUAAUUUGCUUUUUUAGUGCUUCUUUUUGAGAUUUUUAAGAUAUAAUUCUUAACAAAUAUAUUAAAAAUAUAUCCAUACAUAUUUUAAAUCAUUGAUUAUUAAAACAAAAUGCAUAUUCUAGUUUAUUUCAAAGAAUACAUUGCGUAGUAAGACAAAAAAUAAAUGGUUAAAACUUAUAACAAAAUUUUGAAUAUAGUUAUAAUAAAUAUAUUAAUUAUAUAAAUUUACAAUUUAAUUUAAAAUUUGAACAAACGGUUAAGUGCAACAAUGUAGAAGCAUAGCUAUUAAUAUACCUACAAUAAUUGUAAAUGUUUUUUUUAGAAAAACAGGUUUACCACGGUGGAAAUGUAAAGAGUGGCGACAAAUUUCUAAUACAUAAUAACAUAUUGACUGAUUGCAUAGCACGGUAUGACAAGAACAUAAUAUGCUUAAAUUUUUUUUGGAAAUAAAAUUAUGAAUUUGAAA